AUGGAGAACUCCACGAAAGGAAACGUUCCUUUCAGGCAUGGAGUAAGCCUCUCCAAAUCCCAAUGCCCUCAAUCUCAAAAGGACACAGAGGAGAUGAAGAGAAUUCCCUAUGCUUCAGUAGUGGGAAGUCUCAUGUACUCCAUGUUGUGUACAAGGCUAGACAUUUGCUAUUCUAUAGGGAUUGUGAGUUGGUAUCAGUCCAACCCUAGACGUGAGCAUUGGAAUGUUGUCAAGAAUAUCCUCAAGUAUUUAAGAAAUACUAACGAUCAUUUCUUGGUUUAUGGGUUAGAACAGUUGUCAGUCGUAGGGUAUACAGAUUCAGAUUUUCAGACUGAUAAAGAUGAUAAAAAAUCCACGUUGGGGAUGAUUUUCAUGAUGGGUGGUGGAGGUGUUAUAUGGAGGAGUGCAAAACAAAAGUCUACGGCCGAUUCUACCAUUAAGGCUGAAUACAUUGCAGCUAGUGAUGCAACCAAAGAAGCAGUUUAG